AUGGAAAUUAAUGCACUUGCUGUUAAAUUACUUCACUGUGGUCUUGGUCCCCAUGAACACAAUCGUGUUAUGGGCUGUAAAAAUGCUAAAGAAAUUUGGGAUUUACUACAAGUAACACAUGAAGGAACUAAUGAAGUGAAACGCUCUAAAAUUGAUCUGCUUAUGUCUAAAUAUGAACGUUUUGAAAUGCAAUCUAAGGAAACUAUCCAGGAAAUGUUAACAAGGUUCACUAACAUUAUUAAUGAGCUUGUUUCUCUUGGAAAGCAAAUACCUAUUGAUGAGCAGGUCAGGAAAGUUUUAAGGAGCCUCCCUCAAGACGAAAGAUGGGGAGCCAAGGUGACUGCCCUACAAGAAACUAAGGACUUCAUGAAAUUCAACAUUGAGCAACUUGUCGGUUCUCUCAUGACUCAUGAGUUGCACUUAAGAACAAGCAAUAGUGAAGGGAACAAAGGAAAAGGCUUAGCUCUCAAAGCUGGUGAUCAAGAAGAAUCUGAGGUAGAUGAAGAAGAAGCGGCCAUGUUGGUGAGAAGGAAGGCUAUGAUUGCUGCUUGGGGAGAUUCUGAGAGUGAUGAUGAGGAGGAACAACCUGAAGAAGAAACAGCCAAUUUAUGUCUAAUGGCCAAACGUGAUGAAAAGGCCUACAAUGAUGAACUGGCCAAAGAGGUACGUGCUGAUCCUAAUCAUCUUAGAACUCUUCCUAAAGAAGUACUUAUUGAUUACAUUGUAGAAAUAGAAGAUGACUGGAUAAUUGAUAUUAAAAAGCUUAAUGAAUGUGAAAAAGCUGUUAAAGUCUACAAGGAACACAAUGCCUGGAUUGAGAACCAGCGUACUGAUGUUCAAGGCAGAUUCUUUGAUCUUUUUGAUAAGAAUCUUCUUCUAAAAGAAAUGAAUGAAAAACUCAAGUAUGAAAAUAUUAUGGUUAAUGUAGAACUGACUCAAUACAAGCUUGCCAGUACUGACUUUAAAUCGUCAAGUUCCUCUUCUGAAUCACUACCUAAGUUUAAUGAAGAUUUUGAAAAAUUAAAACACAAUCUUGAUGAGUUAAGAAUUGAGAAGGCAAAUUUAGAAAAGGAACUUGCAAUCAGAAAAGUUUUGUGUGUCAAAAGAAAAUAA